CACGCAUUAGCCUUAUUAUACAAUUUUUGCGUAACUGCUAACUGCUAAUUAUUCGUCAAAUACCCUUGAUUGAUUUGCGGGGACCCCUUUACAUAAUAUUCAUUAAUUAUAUUCUCUCGACUGCAUUGAAGGAUAUUCAUGCUGUCAGCAGCCAUGAAAGGUUGAAAGGUCAUUCAUUCAUUCAUUCCUACAUUUCACGAUUACUCGACCAGAUCUACACAAAGAAUCCACUACCACAAUCUAACCACCAUUAGCUUAUCGCCAAAAGGUGAUGCCGCUCAUGAUGGAGGACGUUGAAAAUAUGGAUGUUGAUAUGGAUGAUCUCUUUGGUGAUGGUGCUGGAUUAUCUUUACCUUCUAGACCACCACCAUCAAAAGAACUUCACCAGAGGAUUGAUGAACUGAGAGGAAGUGGAUGCUGCCAGUAGGAACCCCGUGACUUUAACAUUUUGCCCUACUAACUUUGCUAUGCGAAGAGGUAUUGCUUGGUCAAAAUGGGGAAGCAUUGCUUCCAUAACUCCAAAUGGUAAUGGUCUUGAGUUGAGGAAUUUGCGUUGUCAUCCCACAGAUGGUACCUGGGGUUUAAGUAAACCAACUUUAAUCCCUCAAUUGACGAAUAAUCUUGAUGGUGGUCCAUUAAAGCAUCUUUCUUGGAGUCCGACUGGCUCAGAAUUAGCCGUCAUCGAUUCUGCUGGCCGUGUAACCAUUUUGCAAAUAUUCUCCUCCCUGAACAAGCCUGGGAUAAUACGUCCUUGUAGUCCGGAGCCUGCAGAUGAUCUACAUGCAGUUGUAGGUUGCUUCUGGUUGAAUUUAGGCCCAUUCCAAAAUCGCCCGGUAAGAACCUUUUUUGACUGAUUCUUUCCUGUCCUAAUAUGUUCUCACGCAGGCCGGUAGACUGCAGCACGGUCCAGCAAUUAAGGAAGCAUCAGGCUUUCGGUACGAUGUUUCUCAAGCUCCCAUACUUGGACCUAACCAUCCUAUUCCCUCCAAAUCAGCAUUUUUAUAUGUCACUUCCAAUGGAUCGUUACGACUCUUGUGGCAACAAGGUAACAAUAAAUGGUUUGAGUCACAUACUGAACUUGAGAGCAUCGUUUCAUCUGACGACUUAAUCACGCACGCAGCAAUAUGUGCGGAGAGAAGUAAGUGCUGGUGUAUGAUCAUGAGAGGAAUUGACUAAUAUUUUCCUCAGCACCUUCGCUUUUGAUUGCACUUGCUACCGGUUCCAAACAAUUGCGAAUAAUCCGAGCUGGUAUAGACUGGGGCAUGCCUCAAACACAAGAAAAAGUAAACCAAAUGACAUUAUCCUUGAACGCAUCGCUUCGAAUCAAGCCACUUACUGUAACAAGUUGGAUGCAUGAUGUUCCAGGAGAUACUUUGAAUCCGUCACACCUAGAAUCUUCAAUGGUGCAACUUUCCCAUCUCAAAUUUUUAUCGCCAUGUGGAGAUAGUAAGAAUCAUAUGACACCCCCGAUAGUUGUGGCCGUUCGUUCCUAUCUACCUGGCUCAACCUCUCAUUAUAAUCAGGAGGUCUAUUCCACAGUGGAUAGGUGGGAGUUUAGGGAAAGAAACCAACAACCUGUACAUUCUGCCUUUGAGCAUUUGUCAUCGCGUAAGGGUGCCGAUGGUCCACAAUCGGCAAAACCUGUGGUACGUUACAUGCUUCAUUCGAUAUAAAUUGUGCUCAUAUUUGUAGUAUACUGCACAGCUUAAGAAGCUUGAAAGUUUCACUAUCAAUAAAGUCGUCGUUGCGAUGCAAACUAUAUACCUUGGAAAGAUAGUCUGCUUUGCAUAUAGCGAUAGUUCGGUAGAUUACCGGGAUCGAAUUAGUAUGAAUGAGACGUUCAAUGAUGGAGAUUUGGAUCGGGUUUCUCAUCUCUCUCAGAUUGGAUUUUCUUACGCCGAAGACGAGCCUUGUGAGUAUUAAUUGUAAUCAUGUUCAAUGACCUUCUAAUAUGUUUUAGGUUUACAAGUUGUGUUAUCCCCAAGUACCUGCUCGUUGGCUCAAAUUACGAACGAUGGAAAGGUCAAAUGGAAACAAUUAGACUAUCAUCUUGGAGAGAUUGGUCCAAGUAUGGAGGAUCGUAUGUUAAUUAUUUGUUCUUCCAGUGAAAGAGUUGCUAAUGAGAUAUAGCACGGUAUGCCGCGACGAUAGCUGCUCUGUCCAUAUCUUGUUCUACGUCGGUUAUGAUGGCGAUAAAUUAUGAUGAUAUCAUUGCGACGGCUCAUAAUUUUGCAAAAACAAAAGACAGUAAGCUCGUUGGUCUAGUCAAAAUAUUCUGUUCAAUGACUGACGCAUUCAAGACCUUGCAUAUGACUGGCUCAAUGAGUUAGCUAAGAUUUUGAAGAUCACUGUUGAUUAUUCGGAAGAAGCACAUUACGAUGUGCUGAUACGAAACACUACAAUACAAUUAUGUCUUAGCAUCCAAAACUCAUUAGGCUUUAGAGGAGAUUUUAAUCCCCGCAAAUUUGCUGGAAAAUUCUCAUGGCUUGUUCUACAAUUAAGAAACAUUGUUGUGCUUGUAACCAUGGCUGCAAAUAUGAAAGUUCCCGGUCCAACCCACGACAAAACGUCAACACCCCUAGAUGAUCCAGGUAUUUAUUAUUUCUAUCCCAUCACUUCAACCAGCUAACAAUAUCUUUAGAGGUAAUUAGUGCCCUCGCUGGUUCCGUUCGCUGGGUUCUUGAUCUCAUGGCAUGGAUAAUCGACACCCUCCUCGAUCUUCCCAGCAGCCUACCUGGAGAACUAUCUCUAACAGAUCCAGCCAAACUUUCACUGCCUGAUCUCCUCGCCCAUCUUCACACCCAAAAUAAUGUCACCCUCCAUCUGCUCCUUUCCUCCCCUACGCGCGGCUUCCUCACCGCUAUUUGCCGUCGUCUCCAACAUCUCGACUACGUAGCUCGCAAAGCUAUUGCGACAAACACUAAUGCUCAAAAUCAACCAGGAGGACCAGGACAACAAAGCAUUUCUCCCGCUUUGAGAAGCUCUUAUGUACAGAUUGCCCAGUUGACAAGUAACUGCAUAGUCCGCAUCAAGACGUUCGAGACUCUCCUCUCAUCCCUAACUUUAUCAGUCAAAUCAGCAUAUGCAAACCAUAAACCACCACUCUCAGGCAAUAAUUCCACUGGACCAUCACGUAAUGGUCUCGAAAUCAAAAUGCUUUUUGGCGGAGAAAUCCCAACGGCGUUCAAACCCGUCAUCAUAGACCUCUUCAAAGGAGUGCAAGAUAACAAGAAGGGUGAUGAGCCUGAUACAGCAACAGAUAAUGCAGGAACCGGCCAUUUAUCCGGCGUCCGUCUCGAAAUUGAGCCUUCAGACCUCUGGUUCGCAGAUUUCACAAUGCUAGAAGUAGAAGAGGAAGAAGAAUGUGUAGCCCGACGAAAAAAUGCGGGACUAACAAUGGAUUGUUUUAGAAAAACAUGGUUAAGUAACCCUCCGCCUUCUUCCUCCAAAUCUUCCUCGAGCAAAAAAUCCCUUGAAAAUGGAUCAUCAUCCGCAGCAGUAAUUUCAGGAGAUAAUCUCCUAGUACCAAUCCCUGGAUUUUCAGCCUUUGGACUUGGACCACCGGGGGCAGCAGUAAACGGAAACGGAAACGGAAACGGAAACACAAAUUCUACAACAACGAUGCCAAAACGCUGGAGAAGAUGCGCAAGGUGUGCAGCGGUCAUGGAAGAUGUGUUGAGUCAGAGACCUACGUUACAGUGGUUGGUUAUGCAGCAGAGGAGAUGCUUUUGUAGUGGGUAUUGGGAUACGCUUCAGUCGGGGGAGAUGGCUGCUUAGUUUUGUGGUUGGUUAGUGAGUGAGGUGGGUAAGGAUGGAGUGGAUGGGGGAUGGGGGAAGUACUGCAGCUGUGAGGAGAGUCAUGGUAUAUUGGAUGUGCAUUAGUGGAUUCAUAUAUACGGAUGGAUACUGAUAUAUGAAUUAAGUAAGUAAAGAUAGGUAUGAAAAUGAAUAAACAAAGGUUGUAAUUUAAUUUACUCUAAUGGGA